CAUUUGCUCAUUCACACAAAAAUUGAAUCUUUUCAGAGUUUCUGACACUUUCCCGGGAAAAUUGUGCGUGAUCGGAGAGAAUGUCUUCGUGUUUUUCAGGAAGUUCUCCACCGUCGAACGUGGAACGCUUUCUUCAAUGUGUCACUCCCUUCGUUCCUUCACACACUCUUCCUCAGAGUUGCUUGAGUGAUCUAAAUAGCCUGUGGCAACCUCAUGGUAAUAAGGAUUCAAUUGAAUACUUCACUUUGAAGGAUCUCUGGGAUUGCUACUAUGAAUGGAGUGCAUAUGGUGCUAGUGCUCCCGUGAUGUUGGAGAGCGGCGACACUGUAAUUCAGUAUUAUGUUCCGUACCUUUCCGCCAUCCAAAUCUACACCAACAAGUCUGUCCAGGCCUCUAGGACUAGAAGAGAGGACAGCGAAGGAGUUGAGUUCGAAAGCGAUUCGUGGAGCGAUGAUAGCGGCAGCGAUAACCUAUCUAGAUCCUUAAGUAACAAUUCCAGCAAAGCAUGGGAUGCUGUUUCCGAGGAUUCGAGCUCUGACCACGACGGCUCGUGGCCGACAAGGGACAAGCUUGGCUACCUUUACUUGCAAUACACGGAGAUGGCUUCGCCUUAUGCAAGGGUUCCGCUCAUGGAGAAGAUUCCCGAGUUAGCUAGAACCCAUCCGGCACUAAUGACAUUCAAAAGUGUUGAGCUUUCCCCGGCAAGUUGGAUGGCGGUUUCAUGGUACCCGAUUUACACCAUUCCGAGUCGAAAAAAUGACAAGGACUUAGAAGCAUGCUUCCUCACUUAUCACACAUUGUCCUCAUCUUUUCAAGAUUGUGAAACAGAAAGUGACAACAUUGACACAGAGAAAGACAUAUAUUGGUGGUGUGGUUGGGGAAGCACUGAAGGAAACAAAUGCAAGAACAAGAACGGAAGCAGUGGUGGUGGCAGCAUUUCUGUGCCGCCUUUCGGUCUAGCUACCUACAAGAUGCAAGAAGAUCUAUGGCUGAAUCCAGAGCCAUGUGAAUAUGAAAGGAUAUCAUAUCUGUACAGUGCUGCAGAUUCAUGGUUGAAACAGCUCAAUGUUUAUCACCAUGACUUCAACUUCUUCACACAACACCCUACACCAACAACCUUGUAGUAAAUUCCCUUCAUUAACUAAAUUAACUACCCUUUUGGUUAGCUUUCAACUUCUGACUCCGGCAUAAUAACAAAAUAUUUCAGUUCCCUUGGGUCCAAAUUCUGAGAAAUGUAAAGUUUUGUAGUUAACCAGAGAGAUAGAAAGAAGGGGGUAGUUUUUUUUAUUUAUUUAUUUUUUUACCAAUCAAUUUCAGUU